GUUCGUGAGGAAGUGAGGGCGGAUGGGUCAGUGAACACUGUGCAGUUGUGGACUAGAGGAGCUGUGGUUCCCUUUAGAAGCACAGAGGAUAAGUUUGCUGUUUACUCGCGGGCGAUCGCCUCGAAAACUCCCGGUGAGUGCCUGAUCGCUGAAAGCGUGUAUUAA